CUGGAACAUGCAAUGAGUUGCACUCACAGUGCAGAGAAGGGGCAGAGCCGAGCGUCCAAGGCCAAUGCAGCACUUGGCACGAUGGCUCUUCUUGCCUCUCGCCUUGGCAAAGGAGUAUUCCAAGACCUACAGCUUUAUGGCAGACCGCACGGAGUGCGAGGGCCAGUGUACAUAUUGUCGGCACGCACACCAUCAGCACAAGUGGGCUGAGAUUCGAUCAAAAAUUGGGCACUAUGUCUACCGGGAUCCGGAAGAGGAUUCUAUGCAGGGAUCGGCGCACAGAGAGGUGCAAGAGCUCAUCAACUGGUCAUGGACGAAGGGCGUCAAUUUCGAGUGCAUCCUGGGCAUCAUCGCCUUGAGGCUGUUGUCCUUUGGCUUUUCUGAUCCCUUGCAGUUCAAUGCCUACUCGGAUCCGGAUUUUGGUGUUCUGGACUUUCUGGACACCUUCAAUGCACAUUCAGGUGCCUUGGACCUGUUGACCUCUUCCUGGGCUGCGCUGCUGGCUGGCGGAUGGCCGGUUUUCCAACAGCUGCAUUUGGUGAGCAAGAAGCUCAUAGAUGUCAUGGAUGACAGGCCUAUGAAGUAUCCGAGCCUCCAAGACCGACCCAACGAAUGCGAUGAGUUGGAUGGAGAGGAGGACCUGAAUUAUCAGGAUGCAGUGAAGUUUGGAUUGAAAUCUGGAGAGAUGCCGGUGCUCGGCAUCCAUCUGUUAGCUAUUCGCCGUUCCAGCGGUUGCCCAGUAGGCACUGCAGUGGCGCUUCUUGGAGUGGCCUUGGAGAUGAUCGGACGGGGGACUUACCAGGGCUCUCUGAAAGAUUCGGGGAACUUGGUCUAUGCGCUAAUCUUGGCUGCCCAGGACACAGUCAACAACUGGGUGAGUACGAAGAGCAAUUGGUCUCCUUUCUUUGACCUGCUUACCACGAAGUGGCCGAUUUGGGAGAUGCUUUCCAAACUUGCUUGUGUUGACAGUAGAAGACCGUGUGUCACUCGUUCCGCCCUUCAGUGCUACGACUUCGUGCAUCGGCAAAGAGUGCCGUGCCCUCACCAGAGUCCGCAGAUUCGUAGCAUCUACGUGGCCUGUGGGGAGCAUGACAUUUGCACUUGGCCUGAUUCCUUUGGUGCCCAAGAAGCAAAAGAUUGGUGCCUUUCGCAUGAUCUCCGUGCAGCUGAGAAGAGGCCUUGGCUGCGAGAGCUGAACCACGAUGUGGAGGAGCGCGUAUGCAGCCAGUGCGGCCAGGACGGAGUUCUGAAGGCAAUCUUUCAGAAUGUGGGCUUCCGUGAGCCACGCAAAACGGAGAAACCUGCACCGUUCUAUGUCGAGUUUGGUGCACGCAAGCCGGGUAUGCUCAACAGCGCCGUGCUGCGGGAGUUUUGCGGUUGGCAAGGGAUCCUCUUGGAUUCUCAACCAGGGGAAACGCCUCAUGGUGGCUGCCGUGACUGCCCGGGGGUUGCUGACAUCGUGAAGACGGAGUUUGUGACGGCAGAGAACAUCGUGGAACUCUUCCGCAAGUAUGAUGUGCCACGGGACUUCGAUUUGCUGACCAUCGACACUGACUACAACGACUACUGGAUUUGGCGUGCCUUGCUCACAGAUGGCACUUUCAGACCGCGUGUAGUGGCUGUAGACUUCAACCCCGACCUGCCCUUGCAUGAGGCGAAGGCUGUGAGGUAUUCAGCCAUGGCGGAGUGGGAUGGCACGGUCUACACCGUAGGUUCACUCCUUGCCUAUGCUCUAGUGGCCAGAGCCCAUGGCUAUUCCUUCGCGUAUGCACUGGAGAUGGGAUCUCAUGCCUUCUUCGUGCGGUCAGACCUCUUGCACGAAGAGGACAUAGACAUGCCUUUGCGCUUUGUGAAAAAGAACUCCCAUCCACCAGAUCCAGAGGAGCGAGAUUUUGUGGAUGUCCUCUACGACUUUCUCCCAGGUGCAAAGCCAGGUGAAGUUUCUGCUCAGGACCAGGAUUUGCUCCAGGAGGUGCACCGUCUUCGUCGACAGCUACAAGAGCUUCAGGCUGGCGAAGGUACCCUUCAUGCUUGGAGGAGCAAUCAAACUCUACCAGGAGCUACAGGUUUCUCGGCUACAGCCGCCACGAGUUUCUUUGAAGAAGUGAGUCCCGAAGUUCUCCCUGCGAGCCGCGUGGGCGUGACACUCAAAGCACGCGCUGCACUGCAGUUCAUGGCUUUGCUCUCCGAUAGCUUUUCAUCUGCAGGGGCGAUCACGCUCACGGGAGAAGAGGCGAUCGGAAACAUCACAUGCCUAGAAGUGUCACAUGUGAAUUGCAGAAGUGGAGGCUUCUUGUCCAGGCGGGACAAGGAGAAGGACAAGGAAAAGAAGCGGAGUCGAUCAAGAGAAAAGCGAGAGAAGAAACGAAGCAGGUCAAGAGAGAAGGACAAAGAGAAAAAGGAGAAGAAAGAGAAGAAGGAGAAGGCCCCACCACCAGAGGAGGAACCCCGAAAGAGGAGCCCUUCUAUGCAGUAUCGGCGCUGGCGUUUUGAUAGCCCGCCAAAGGAGGAGGAGUAUCAGCGCGACGCCAUGCUGACGGGCAACCCAAUGGGAAUAGGCGGUGUCGCUGCUGCUCUCCAGGGAGGUUUAGCUCUGGCAGGUGUUUCCAACACCGUGAACCCGAUGGCUCUAGCAGCAGAUUCCAAGUCUGCUCGAGAGCUUUACCUGGGAAAUCUUCCAGCUGGCAUCACUGGCCAGCAGUCGGAGCCGUCUCACAAGCAGAACAGUAGCUGGAUCGUGUUGGAUACUCAGCCGAGAACACGUGUCGUAAAAACCAUGGAGGCUGAAGCUGAGGUCCCAGGCGCAGAAGGCAAGAGAGACAUGGGUGUUUCAGCGCCAAAGACAUUAACCAAUGGGCCACAAGGGGCACAGCCUCAAGGGUCACAAGGCAAGGAGCCUGGACUGGCGAAGCCAGCUCCAGGUCUUCCAGGAUCCGUAGACAGUGCAGGGAAGAAACUGAGGCCGCCCCUGAACACCGUGCCGAAGCCUGACAUUGCUGCAGCCCAAAGUGCUGGCCAAGAUCUCAGGGAGACUGCAAGGCCUGGCUCCGACAGCAAGGCGUUGCUGCGCAGUGGGAGCCGCUUUGAUGCCUUUGUCAUUUAUGCCAUGGGCAAUGGCCAACAGGCAAAGCCAAGUGCGACUCGGGCAGCAGUUAUUAGCAAAGCGCUCCAGGCACGGAACAUCCGUGUUUGCCAGCAGUCUUUCCUAGUCGGAGCUGUGACCCACUUUUCCAGCAGCGACGAGGCACAUUUCAUGGCACAGGCAGCGCAAAACAGCAACUGUGCUGUGAUUCUGCUGACUCGACAGUUCAUUGAUCGAGUGGAGAGUGGUGUCUUUGGUGACAGCUGCGUGGCUGCCUUCACCUUGGCAAAGUGUCUGCCCAAUGCUGUGGUUGCAGUGUUGGAAUCUGACCUUGUCAACCCGGGAACUUGGGGAUGGAACCAAGUCUUCGCUCGCUUCUCUGGGCGUGCCAUCAUGGACCUGUCCAUGGAGGAGUCGGAUCCUGGAUGGGAGGAAGCAGUGGAUCGACUUGCUUGGCUGCUCAAUCCGCAUGCCGACAUCUCCAGGUCGGUGGUUGGUGGUCCGCUAUCUUCGCACGAAAGCAACCUCGCUUGGAAAACCAACGAGAAAGGUGAGGGUCCAAGCUAUGACUGCUUCAUCUCACACAAUUGGGGCAAGGAUUCCCAAGGCAGAGAUAAUCACAAGAGAGUGAUGCAGAUAGCUGGCGUCCUGGAGGGCCAUGGCAUUCAAGUCUUCCUACCGGACAGAGAGGCACAUCGAUACAACAGCACAGACGAGGCCAUGGUGGAUGGAAUGCGUCGUUCCGCUGUUGCCUUGGUCUUCGUCACAAGGAAAUACAUUGAAAAGAUCGAGGAAGGAAAAGUCGAUGAUGACUGUGUCGCUCAGUUCAACUUGGCCAAGAUGGCGCCAGCAAUUCUUCCUGUGGUGUUGGAGCCAGAGAUGACCAAGAUCAGCAAGUGGGGUUGGAACAGGGUGUAUGCACAUCUCUCUGGCAAAAUGCUCGUGGAUCUGUCUGGUGGCGACGUCGCAGGCUUUCCGCAAGUGUUGUGGAGUGGGAAAGCGCAGCGGAUGCAGUGCGCCAUUGACCUUUUGGAGCUCCGCAUUCUUCAAGAGUCGUACAGGCUGCAUCCCAAACGUGUGCAAUCCAAUGCAUCCUUGUUGGUGCCACACAAGGAUGUCAUUCUGAUCGUCGCGGUCUGCUUUGCAGCAGGGGCAGUCCUUCAUGGAGUCGUUGCGUUUUGCCAAAGCCUGAUGAACGGCAACCUCAAUUUGAUUCUUCGUCUUGUGGGCCUUGCCUCUGCCCUUUUUUGGGUUGCUGGAUUCAUUCUGCACAGCAUUUGGCUGGUGAUGAAGGCGCGGCUGCCACCAGACUUCGAAGUGCGCUUUGGGAUGGUACAGCCAAUCGCGAUGGUAGCCAGUGGUGUACGGGCAAUCGCCUGGAUGCUCAUGGUGCUGCUUCAUGUCAUGCGCCUUACGGGUGUCGAGGAACUCACCGAUGCGGAGAUGAAUCACCCCAACAGCACAGCCAAGGACUUCCCCAACGACUGGGAAUGGUCUAGUCUUCUUAGUGCUCACCUCUUCACUGCGGGUUGCAUUGUUUGUUGUUUGGAUGCAGCAGUGCUUUCCCAUGGAACGGUGGGAAGCUUCCAGGCUGGGUGGAAAUCUGUCAGCAACUUUGCAGGAGUUGCGUGGGUUUUGAUGGCCAUCGGAGCUUCCUUUCAUUCUAUGUCGACACAACUUGAGCAUGACACAGAUGAGGUAAGUGCAGGACUUCAAAUCUCUGGGAUGCUCUUUCUGUUGAUGGCCUCCAUCUCUUAUUUCCUUUGGCUGGUGAUGCAUCCAGCAGAAUUGAGGCGGCACUUUGAGAGGUUGGCUGCUGAAAGUGGGGUCAAGGCCAAGCCAGGGCAGGCAGUCCUCUCAUGGCAAGAAAGUGCUCCACAGCAGGUAUUGGCAGGAGCCUUCAGAGCACAGGGUGCUCCGAUUGAAGCCUCACAGCCAGUUUCCACAGCGACUGAAGUGCCGGUGCCCUCUGCGCCUGCGGAAACUCAGAAAGAGAAAGCCGAGACAGCGGAGCAAGCUGAAGUGAAAGAAGUGAAAGAAGUGAAAGAAGUGAAAGAAGUGAAAGAAGUGAAAGAAGUGAAAGAAGUGAAAGAAGUGAAAGAAGUGAAAGAAGCUCCCAAAGAGGCGAAAGAGUUGAAGAACCCACCUGAAGCUCCCACUGCCACGGAAGAUGUAUCGGCAGGAGCCUUCAGAGCACAGGGUGCUCCGAUUGAAGCCUCACAGCCAGUUUCCACAGCGACUGAAGUGCCGGUGCCCUCUGCGCCUGCGGAAACUCAGAAAGAGAAAGCCGAGACAGCGGAGCAAGCUGAAGUGAAAGAAGUGAAAGAAGUGAAAGAAGUGAAAGAAGUGAAAGAAGUGAAAGAAGUGAAAGAAGUGAAAGAAGUGAAAGAAGCUCCCAAAGAGCCGAAAGAGUUGAAGAACCCACCUGAAGCUCCCACUGCCACGGAAGAUGCGGCCUGACCACAGGAAGCAAAGGGCUGUCUGGGGGAGGGAUUAGGCCUCCGUCAGACUCAGAGUUUAAAUUGAGUCUUGCAUUGGCCUCUUGAGGCAAAUCGAGAGAAAAAAUCCAAAGAGUGUUG